AUGUUUGGUCAGUUACCAAAAUUAGAGUACUUGUCUUUGCGCAACAAUAGCUUCAUAGGUUCCAUUCCAAAAUCUCUCUCAAACCUAACAAACCUACGAUCUCUUGACUUAUCUUCCAAUUCUCUAAGUGGAGAGAUUCCAAAAGAGUUGGUGAGACUUCAAAGUCUACAGUAUUUGGCGGUUGAAUACAAUCAUCUCUUCGGUGCAAUACCAUCAGCCAUAUUCAACAUAUCGACCCUUGCAUCUAUAGGUUUGACAGGCAAUGAAUUGAGUGGAAGUCUUCCAACAGACAUUUGCAGUAAUCUUGUGGAGAUUCAUCUUUCUUUCAAUCGGCUGAGCGGUGCGAUCCCAACAAAUCUAUCCCAACUUGGGACUUUGUCGCUCUCUUACAACUCUUUUAGUGGGCAGAUACCUUCAAAAAUCGGCUUCUUAACAUCUCUUCAGGAGUUAUAUCUCGGUGGUAACAAUUUGAAUGGCACAUUACCACAUGAGAUUAGUAAUCUUCAGAGCCUAAUCAUUUUUGGUGCUGAAGACAAUCAGAUUGGGGGCUCAAUUCCUUUGAAUAUUUUCAUGAAUAUGACUUCUCUGCAAGGCUUACUACUCGGCCGCAACAAAUUCAUGGGAAGUCUUCCCAGGGGUGUCGGGAAUAUUACAAUGCUAACAACCUUAGACCUCACCGAAAACUACUUGACAGGCCUUAUUCCCACAAGUUUUGAGCAACUUUACCGACUGGAGAUAUUACUAUUACAGUCAAACAUCUUGAGUGGUUUGGUUCCACAUGAGCUCUUUAACAUUUCAACUCUUCGGGUUCUUUCACUUGCUCAGAAUGCUGUGUCAGGGGUUCUUCCAACCCAUUUAUGUCGUGCCUCUCCCUUUCUUGAAAGACUGUAUCUUGGCAGUAAUUCAAUCAGUGGAGCAAUACCUAACUCUAUCUCUAACUGUUCUCAACUCACAUUUCUCGCCCUUGGUGGAAACAAAUUCACUGGUUAUAUACCUACUGAUCUCGGCAACCUAAGACUUCUCCAACUUCUUGAACUUUUCGGCAACAGUCUUACCCAGCCACCGUCCACUUCAGUAUUGAGCUUCAUUACUCCAUUGACAAAAUGCAAGUUUCUUACUUAUUUGUCAGUUUCUGAUAAUCCUUUAUAUGGCGUCCUUCCAGCUGCUGUCGGGAAUUUAUCUUCCCUGCUUCAAGGAUUCUUCGCCUCCGGCUGCAAACUCAGUGGCAACAUUCCUGUUGAAAUAGGCAAUCUAAGCAGCUUGGUGGAAUUGAGGUUAGACGACAAUGGGUUAUCCGGUAAUAUUCCACUUACUACCAAACAUCAGCAUGAGCUUCAAGGAUUAGAUCUGUCUAAUAACAUGUUGGGAGGCUCCAUUCCACAUGCUAUAUGUGAUUUAUUCAGCCUCAAUACUUUAGUUAUAAGCCAAAAUCAAUUUUCCGGCCCAAUUCCUAAAUGUCUGGGAAAUGUCUCUUCUUUAAGAAAUAUUUUUCUAGACUCCAACAUGCUGAAUUCAAGCAUACCUUCAAGCUUCUGGAGCCUUAAAGAUUUGAUAUGUCUUGAUUUGUCAUCUAAUUCAUUGAUUGGGUUUUUACCUCAAGAAAUAAGUAACUUAGGAGCAGCAAUCUAUAUAAACCUUUCGACGAAUCAAUUGUCAGGGUCUAUUCCAAGUACUAUUGAGAAGUUGCAGAAUUUGGUAAAUUUGUCUUUGGCAAAUAAUAGGUUAGAAGGUUCUAUUCCUAUGACUGUGAAAAGUAUGAUCAAUCUAGUUACUCUUGACUUAUCCUACAACAACCUGUCCGGUUCAAUUCCAAAGUCUUUAGAAACACUUCAACACAUCAACUACUUUAAUGUUUCUUUCAACAAUUUAAGUGGAGAAAUUCCUAAUGGUGGCUCUUUUAGAAACUUCACUAUAGAUUCUUUUAAGGGUAAUGAGGCAUUGUGUGGAAUUCCCAAGUUCCAUGUACGGAUUUGCCCUGCAGUUUCUAAUCAUGAAUCAAAGAGGCAGAAAGUGAAAAGAGCUUUGUUUAUUGUUUUGGGGGCUGUGGCUUUUAUCUCAGUUGUUUUUGUGGCCUUUAUAAUUGCCAGAUACAAAAGGAAAGAUAAGACAACUAGAGAAGUUGAUGAGAUGAUAUCUAUUGUGCCAGAAAGAAUAUCUUAUUAUGAACUGUUACAAGCAACAGAACAAUUCAGUGAAAGUAAUUUACUUGGCACUGGGAGUUCUUGCUUAGUUUAUAGAGGAGUUCUUAACAAUGGGAAGGAUAUUGCCGUUAAGGUGUUUAAUAUGCAGUUAGAAGGUAUUUCAAGAAGAUUUGAUGUUGAAUGUGAGAUACUACGUAGCAUCCGACACAGGAAUCUGACCAGUGUCAUAAGCAGUUGCUCCAAUGAAGAGUUCAAGGCAUUAGUACUUGAAUAUAUGCCAAAGGGAAACCUUGAAAAAUGGUUAUAUUCUCACAACUAUUACUUGAAUCUGAUGCAAAGAUUGAAUAUAAUGAUUGAUGUUGCAUCUGCUUUGGAGUAUCUUCACCAUGGUUAUUCAACGCCUAUUGUCCACAACGACUUGAAGCCUAGUAAUGUGUUGUUAGAUGAAGACAUGGUUGCCCAUGUAAGCGAUUUUGGUAUAGCAAAGUUGUUGUGCGAUGGAGAUAGCUUUGUGUUAACCAACACGCUAGCAACAUUGGGUUACAUUGCUCCAGAGUAUGGUUUGGAAGGGCUAGUUUCGACAAGAUGUGAUGUGUAUACUUACGGGGUGAUGUUGAUUGAAACUUUUACGAGAAAAAGGCCUAGUGAUGAUAUGUUUUGUGGAGAUUUGACCUUAAAGAGUUGGGUAGAACUCUCACUUCCAGAGAUGUUGGGUGAAGUGAUAGAUGCCAACUUGUUAAUGAAUUUGGAGGAAGAAGAGUUUGACAAGAAUCUGCAAUGUGUAUCAUCUAUACUUAAACUGGCUUUGAAAUGCUCUGCCAACUCUCCACAAGAUAGAAUCAACAUGAAAGAAACAAGUGCAGAAUUGCAGAAAAUCAAACGUCGAUUUUCCCAAUGA